AUGAACUCGUCGGCGACCGUGUCCCAAUUCCAGGUGGGGCUCACCCCUGAUGAGAAAAAGCUCUACUCCCAGUUGUUCAAGCAAUUGGACCCGGAAAACACCGGGAUCAUCACUGGCGACAAGGCCCGCACCACCUUCGAGAAGUCGGGUCUCCUGCCACCGAUCCUCGGCGAGAUCUGGCAGAUGGCCGACCCCAAGAACUUGGGCUUCCUCACCCAGUUCGGCUUCUGCUUGGCCAUGCGCUUGAUCGGCUACACCCAGCACGGCAAGCACCCGCUGGCGGCGUUGGCGCAACAGCCGGGGCCCUUGCCCAAGUUCGCCGAUUUGCUGUUUACUUCGGCGCCUAGCGGCGGCGCCAUGGUGGCGCAACUGACCAACGGGCUGUUCAUGGGCACUCAGCCACUGGCGUUGAUCCCGCAGAACACCGCUACCGGCCAGUUUAAGCCCCAGGAACCUUUGGGCGCAGUGCCGCCUCAGGACGUGGCUAAGUUCACCCAACUAUUCACCAAAACUGUCGGCACCCCUCAAGGUUACUUGGACGGCGCCCAGGCCCGCGAUAUCUUCAUCAAGGCGAAGUUGCCCACGGCGACGUUGGGCCAGAUCUGGAACCUCGUCGACCGCACCAACUUGGGCAAAUUGAACUUGUACGGGUUUGUCAUUGCCAUGUACCUCAUCCAGCAGUUAUUAAGUGGUCAAAUUAAGCAGUUGCCGCCGUUUUUGCCCGAAAGCUUGUGGCAGCUGGUGGGCGACCCUGGCGCCAGCCGCGUGGUGUCGCAGGCGCUGGUGGCGCUGAACAACACCACCUUGGUCCACGGCCAACCUCAGAGCUCGCCGCAAGCGCCCCGCCAGCCGUCGCAGGCGUCGACCAUCGGCUCCUCCGCCACCGCUGUUGAGGACUGGGUGGCCACCCCUCACCAGGUACAACAAUUCAACCAGAUCUUUACCAAUUUGGACAAGAAUAAGUCCGGUCAGUUACUGCUGGACCAAGUGGUGCUGUACUUGGUUGGCUCAAAGUUGCCCCAGCAGGAAUUGGCUGCCAUCUGGGAUCUUGCUGACAUCCAAAACACCGGCGUUUUCUCGCGGCUUGAGUUUAGUUUGGCGGUGUUCUUGGUGCAAAAGAGCCUCAACGGCGAAAAGUUGCCGAAUAUCGUCCCCGAAUCGUUGCUCAAGUCGUUAACCACUUACCAGAACCAAGUGCAACACACGGCGCCGCCGAUGCAACUGCCCCCUGCCGCCCCCGCUGGCGGUGCCGCUGCUGCUCCCGCUGGACCUUCCACGUCGACGCUGCCGCCUCCCUUAAACAAACCCAAGACGGCGAUGGACGAUCUUGUCGACAUUUUCGCUCUGCCCUCUAAUAGUCGCCAGGCCUCAGUGGCCCCCGACCCCGCUGACUUGACCCACAGUCUGACCGACAUGCCUCGCGUCCGCAACAACUUGACGGGCUCGUUCAAGCCGACGUCGUCGUUUGGCCAGCAAUUGAUGGGAGACCAGGGCGACUCUCUGGGUGCCGGUGCCACUGCCGGUGCCGCCGCCGCUGGUGCCGCCGCUGGUGCUCUCGGCGCCGCGGCCUUAUCCCACUCGCACUCAGCGGUGUCGCCUCAAUCGUCGGCGCCGCAAUCGCCGCUGAAGCUGGCUAACUAUGACGCGUUGCGCAGCAUCCCCCCUCCUCGUGCCUCCACUGGCGGCGAGCGGGUGCUGUCGCCGUUAUCCCAGCCUCCUUCGCAAACCCAAUUGGCUCCUACUAACACCGACUUGUACGCCGAUGCCGACCUGAAGGAGUUGUCGCAAGCCACCACUGACGUUGCCAAUUACCAGAACCAGAUCAAGCUGUUGGCAACGCAAACUACCGCUCUCCACGACAAGCGGGCUCGCCAACAAGAAGAGCUUGCUCGUGUGCAACAGGCUAAGCGCGAGAUCGAAGCGAAGCUCGGCAAGUUGCGCCUGCUGUACCAGCAGGAAGUGAAGCAGUCGGAAGAGCUUGAGACGGCGUUGGCUAAGGAACGCGAAGAGAAGGAAGCGUUGCGACUGGAAGCGCUGAUUGCCGAAGCCAAGCACCACGCCCUCCAACAAGAGGUGGCGGCGAAGCAAGCCGAACUUGAAAAGUUGAAGCAGGAAAACAAGAGCCACACCGACAAGAUGGCCGCCACCAACGCCGAAAUCACCCAGUUGGAGCGUGACUUGGAGCUGCACACCCUGAGCCACACUCAACUCACCAACCAGGCUAACGUCAAGAAGAGCCAAUUGCAAGUGGUGUUGGUGAAGGUGCAAGAAUUGCGCCUGAAAAUUGCCACCAUCCAACAGGAACACGGCGACUUGCAAAAGAGCAUCACUGACAGCGAGCAACAGCACGCUCAGCUCGAACGGGAAAUGGCGGAAUUGCACCAAAAGGGGCAGACGCUCACUUCGAGCCACCAGGAUUUGCAAACGAAGCAUCAACAAGUCAAGGCUCGUUAUGCUCAGACGCAAACCUCGUACAACGAGUUGCAACAGCUGCACCGGCAAUUGCAAGACCAGCACGCCCAAUUGCAGCAGCAACACGCGCAAUGGCAGCAGAAGGCCACCGAGGCCGACUCCCAGUUGGCGCAAUUGCAACAGGACCACACGUACACCCAACAGCAAAUUGCUACUCAGCGCCAGGCGUCGUCGGGUAGCGGCGCCGCGGUCGGUGUAGCUGCUGGCGUUGCCGUUGGUGCCGCCGCUGGCUUGGCCGCUCGUGGCCUUUCUCGCGAGUCUAAUGACACCAUCGAGCAGCAACCGCACCGCCUGGAGCCGCUGGUGGGCCACGGGUCGCUGGUGGCUACUGACUACAAGCACGACAACCAGGACACCCCCGUGACCCUGCCGCUGGGCUCUGAGCUCGGCUACGGCCAGGGCAACGCUGGCGUCAUCGGCGGCAUGGUGGGCAUGCCCGGUGUCCCCAUCGGCGUCCAGCGCACUGAUCUGCUCACGCUGCUGGUGCAGAACAACGCCCCCCUCUCCGUUAGAGACGACAACUUGGACGAUAUCAACGACCGUGAUGUCGCCGCUCACGCUGACUCAGAACAAGUGAGACUGGGCGGCAUCGCCGUCAAGCUGGACGAGGCGCUGGAGAAGCCGACGCUGCUGGGAGGCGAGCUGUUUGAGUUUGUGUCGCAGGAAGACGCAAAGAGCCUGCCUGGCGUCGAGCCCCAGACGUCCGCUUCUGCUGUUGCUGGUGGUUCCCGCGGUUUGGCCGAGGAAGAGUUCCCUCCCAUCCGUGAAUUGGAGAUUGACGAACUGGACUCUGACGACGACGACGACGGCCGUGGUGACCAGUUUGACGACGCCCGCUCGUCGUUGCCGCUGGCGCUGCGCAAGGUGCUGGCUGCUGGGGUGGCCUCGCCGCCGGCGGUCAUGGACGACUUUGACUCUAACUUCGAGAACUUAACCGUGGCCACGCCCGAAGUGAAGGAAAAGGACAUGUUCGAUGACUUUGACAACCUUGAGAAUGCCGACGAAGGUGCUGGCGACGAGGAGUUCCCUCAAAACGAUUUCUCGUUCUCGAACGAGUUUACUGAACAAUACGGCGGUGGUCGCCCUCAAUCCACCGCCCAAGACAAGGACGAGUGGGAACAGAUCUUUGCCGGUUUUGGUAACGCCCAACCCGGUGCUGCUGGUGUUGCUGGUGCUGCUGCCGGUGCUGCUGCCGGUGGUGUUGGUGUUGCUCGUGGUGCUAUUGGCAGCGACGGUCUUCCUGUGGACGCUCCGGCGUACUCGGAGUCGCCUCACAUGGCGGCCCCGGCGCAAUUAGGCGGGCAACUCCCCGACCUGGGUCCCAUCCCUCAACACCACACUCCCAGCGGCGCCAACCAGGGCCAACGGAAGGCUGCGGAAGCGCUUUCGCUGGAAAAGGAAGCGGCGGUGGAAGAGCUUGUGGGCAUGGGCUUUGACCACGACACUUCGCUCCAGGCGUUGAAGCAACUGAACUGGGACUUGGCUGAGGCUACUAACUACUUGUUGGACAACGCAUAA